AGUGGUCUUAUUCAGGUACAUAGUCGAACCACUAACAAGAUGAGGCCGCUAGUACUAAUUAUUUUAGGAUUUACAUUGGUAAAUGGACAGAGUAAUUGCGGGAAUCAGACGUAUGCACCUCACACGUAUCCACUGCCGAGCUCACGGAUAGUCGGUGGUAGGGAAGCAGUACCCCACAGUUGGCCAUGGCAGGUAGAUUUACGAUUUAGAGAUAAUCCUCUGACGUGCGGUGGGUCAUUGGUAAGAGCACAAUCUGGUCGUCUAUUUGUUCUUACUGGUGCUCAGUGCGUUGAUGGAUCAGUUGCAGCAGAUUGGAAAGUAGACGUAGGAGUCCACUCUAGAUCAGCAUUAGAACCUGAACAGAAAACUUAUAAUGUUAGGGAGUUCAUAGUUCAUCAGAAUUACAGUCCAUUUUAUCUUGAAAAUGACGUAGCUAUCAUGAAAUUGUCUCAGCCAAUAGCAGAAGGAAAUACCGCUUAUCCAAUUUGUGUUACUACAUUGCCAAGCAGUGAUUUCUGGGGACAAGACUGUGUUGUCACUGGGUGGGGUGCAACAGUUGAAGGUGGCGAACCUUCAGAUAGACUCAAAGAAGUUUACAAACCAGUUUUAACUGAUACACAGUGUUUAACAAAUGUAGGCGGUGCCUAUAAUGAUGAAAGCAUGAUGUGUGCUGGUUACCUGCAGGGAGGAGAAGGAGCGUGUGCGGGAGAUAAUGGUGGACCAUUAGCCUGUAAAAAUAGCCGAGGACAAUGGGAUUUGGUCGGUAUUGUGAGCUGGGGAUUUGGAUGUGCCAGAGAAGGAUUUCCGGCUGUGUAUUCAAAUGUACAUAAAUUUCUUGACUGGAUAAAUAAUGAAACAACAGACCAGUCAGGUCAAUGUGGUGUACAGACAUAUCAACCUCACACGUGGCCUGUGAACGGACAAAGUUCUAAAAUCAUUGGUGGUAGAGAGGCCGUUCCACAUAGUUGGCCUUGGCAGGUUGUUCUCAGAUUUAGAGAUCAUCCAUUGACAUGUAGCGGUUCCUUAGUGAAAAUAAACUCUACAGGGGAGCUAAUCGUGUUGACUGCUGCACAGUGUAUUGAUGGAACUCUGCCUGUAGAAUGGACAAUAGAUGUUGGAGUUCAUUCACGAUCUGCACUAGAACAAUAUCAGAAGACAUAUGAUGUAAAACAAAUUAUUUCACACCCAGACUACUCACCAUUUCUGCUACACAAUGACAUUGCCAUUGUAAGACUAUCGACACCCGUUGUUGAAAAUGUGGCUGUGGCUCCUAUUUGUGUGACAUUAUUACCAAGUAGUGACUUCUAUGGAAAAUAUUGUGUAGUGACUGGAUGGGGAGCUACGUCAGAAGGUAUAGAAUUGUCAUUUAUUCAAGUGAACCUAGUAAAUUGA